CAACCGCGUAGCCUACUUACAACGUCCUGAUCCUUCUUUCUCAUACAUUAUCAUGUCCUUCUUCAAUUCUAUCGGUCGUUCCAUGUCGCGAGCACCGCGCGGACCAAAGCGUUCGCCUACACCAACCUCUUCAACGUUCCAGGCUGACCCCAUGCCACCCCCACCCGUCCCUUCAUCUCCAGUCACCUCUGGGCCCCCAAAACCUCUUUACUUGUGUAGCCCAUUCGUCGAAGCAGCUCUCGUCAAAGGCAAUUUUAAAACCAUCGUCGUUCUUCCAAAGUAUGUCGACAUAAUGGAGUGGGUAGCCGUCAAUGUAUUUGACUUUUAUACCAACUUGAACGAAUUUUAUGGCGUUAUAUCAGAGUGCUGCACGCAGCAGUCAUGUCCGACUAUGUCUGCUGGUCAAAAUCUCAACUACACAUGGAUCAACCAAGAUCGCAAGAGCGUCCAUCUCGCCGCGCCCACAUACAUCGACUAUGUUAUGACAUGGAUUCAAAACCUUCUCGACGACGAAAACGUUUUCCCGACAAAGUCUGGACAUGACUUCCCGCAAUCAUUCCCCUCGACCGUCAAACACGUCUACCGUCAGCUCCUUCGCGUAUUUGCACACAUCUACCACGCGCAUUACCCUCAAAUCCUUCACCUCCGCUCAGAACCCCAUUUCAACUCCCUAUUCGCUCAUUUUCUCGCAUUCGGUCGAGAAUAUGAAUUGUUGGAUAUCAAAGAUGUCAAGGGCGCUACUAAUUCACCCGUCGGUGCUGGCAUGCUUUGGGAGAAGUGGAGGGAGAUGGGAAUCUUGGAAGGAUAGUUUACUUGCAGGGCAAGUGCGCAGCGUGGUGGGUGUUUGAUAUGUUGGACGGUCUUCAUUCAUUUCGUGUAUUACUUGGUGUUGACAAUCUGGAAUUCACGUUCGUUUUCAAUGCUCGAUGUUUAGACGGCUCUGGAGCACAGAUGUGUCUUUUCAUCGUGCACCACGUCGUGAUUUUUGCGCAGAUAGAUCGGAACCAUGACACGGUGCUACGAGCUCGUAAUUGAUGAAAUAUUGGACAGCAUCAAUGGAAGAAACCAACUGGCAUACACUAUUCUGCGUGAGGAUGUAUUCAUAUCGGUACCGCUAAAUUGAUUGUCCUCUGCGAAUUCAGUCGGACUUAGACCUCAAUAAAUAGCCCCGUACCACAACAAUAUAGAUGAAAGCCUCUAUCAUUAUCGUAACGGUGCUAAGUUACGUACCAAGUCCCCGACUCC